GUUUGCAGCAUUAACUCGCGCUUCGCCAAGGUGCACAUCCUGUACAUCGGCUCCACGCCGCUCAAGUCCACCUUCCGGGGCACCAUACGGUAGGGCGAGGGCUGCGCUCUCAACGAGGCUGGGUGCCCAAGUGCCCGGCACUCAGUCGAGGUUUACAAGAGCUUCCGCCCUGGCGACAUCGUCCUGGCCAAAGUCAUCUCGCUGGGGGACGCGCAGUCCAACUACCUGCUGAGCACGGCUGAGAACGAGCUGGGGGUGGUGGUGGCCCGCAGCGAGGCAGGGGUGCAGAUGGUGCCCAUCAGCUGGUGCGAGAUGCAGUGCCCGCGCACGCACACCAAGGACUUCCGCAAGGUGCCCCGCGUGCAGCCCCAGUUCCUGCAGACCUAGCGGC